AUGGCUAAGUUUACAAAGUAUUUCAUCCUAGUCUUGCUCCUUGAAGCUUUUGUUGGGGUUGUGGAAGUUGAGUCCUCUCGUGUGGGCAUAACUGAAGCAAUGAAGACCUUCCCCGCAAGAGAGCUGACGAGUAAAGGAGAGUAUUGCGGUGAGACUUGCUAUGUGACCUCCUGUUAUCUAUUCCAAGGCUGCACCCAAUGCGUCGACAGUCGAUGUUAUUAUCAAGGAUACCAAACGCAAAUUGAUGACGAAGACACCCAAUGCGUCGACAGUCGAUGUUGA